GAAACGAGAAAAAGACAGAGGUAGCAGAAGCUGUGGACAAAGGGAAGAUUUACAGCUCAGCAAGUGAACAUGACCUCCAAUCAUUGAAACUACAACAGUCGUGCUUGAUCUCCACCCCUUGCCAGAUGACUUGGUACAUCAAAAGUCUGCAGGCAGAAGUCUGUCUUUGUUCUCCAGUCCAUUGCCUUGCUCCUCUUCAUCUUCACUGGCUGGCUUUUCGCCCUUGUCAAGCUCUUCACCAGCUUCAGCACCUCCUGAGAUCGAUGUCUGCCACUGCAGCCGAUGUGGAGCGGACUCUGACCCUCCCGACCAGUCCACGACUGAUACUGCUGGAUGGGGAGUUGACUCUUCGUAUCAUCCAGCUGUUGAUGGCCUAUUUUGAUGAAAGAAGAGAUGCACUGAUACUCCUUGCAGAUAUGUCUGCCACUGCAGCCGAUGUGGAGCGGACACUGACCCUCCCGACCAGUCCACGACUGAUACUGCUGGUUGCUGGUGACAAAGUCACAAUAAAACGUUGGAUGAUCAGCAUGGAAGGUGAUGUCAUCUGCGAAGGCGUCCAACCUAGCUUCAUCUCAGGGCUUGCUGCCCUUCUUGCCACCUACUAUGUGUUCAACUUGGAAUACCAUGAGGAAGGGGCUCGGACAUUGGAAUUUGUUCAAAGGCGAUUCAUUGGCGUUAACCCUGAGAGGGGAACAAAGGCUAGCCAGGGAAAAGUGGUGUCCAAGAAGACCGGGAAGCUGGUCCAGAAAAAGGCAGCAACUGUAAAUCCUCACGUAGCCAUCCUUAUAAAAAAUCUCACAGACUUUGAGUGGGGCUUUAUGUAGCCGACAACUAAACACUUGACUCGUGUUUAGUUAUUUGUCUCCAGUUUGAAAUUAAGUUGACAUGUUCUAAAUGUUAAAAUGCUUUACUGAAAAUAAGAAGAAUGCACUAAAUGUACAUUGAAUGU